UUAGAAUGGGUGCAAAUAGUUGAACCAAAGACCAAGGAAUUUAUGUACGCUAACCUGGUAACUGGCGAAUGCUUGUGGGAAGCCCCGAAUGCUCCUUAUAAAGAAUCAGAUGAAACUGAAUGGUGGCAGCUGUAUGAUGCAAAUACAUCAAGGUUUGUGUUGUUAGUGUUGCUUUUGCACUGUUUCUCUUGA